CAGUAAAACCUCUGAGGAGAGGAAUGACUUCCCAAAUGGACUCCAACAAUGCCGGCAGCGUGCAAUAUGAUCGCUGGAACGAGGACAACAUCAACAUGGACGUACAGGCGUCACAGUCGACUGUGAGGAGGAUCUACAGCAGUGUGUGUCAUGGAAACUCUGGAAAAGCAGUGAAGGCAGCAGGAGCUCUGGCUGCACUGGUGGCUCUUUACAUCUUAGGAUACGUGACAGGAUAUUAUGUCCACAAGUGCCCAAAUGUCCUCCCUCCGACCUAGAGCAGAAGCAUCUUUGGUACUUUGUGCUGUUGUCGUUAGCUUUAGGACCACAGUGUGAUUCUUCUUGUAUUUUAUUGGAGGUUUGCUGCUGCAGGGGUCAAUGUUGCAGCUGGCUGAGCAUCAAACGUCCUUUUAAUUUUGUUGAUCUUCCGGUAGCAUAGAUCUUCAGAUUAUUUUAUGACUUUAAGUGUUAAUGUAAUGCAUAUUCAUCCUGCAGCUCAAACUCAUUUGGGUUACCUGUUUAUCCAACUGACUAAUGAUAUGGCCAAAAGGCAAGGCUUUGCUGUAUUAAUUAAUUUUUAAUAAAUUAUUAAUUAAUCUUCUGCACAGCAGGUGAUGCAUUUUUCAGCUUUUAUUUUUCUGCGAGAGACUGUGGCUAAAUAAAUAAAUAAAAAAUAGCAAAAGCACUACAAGCAGGAACCCAAACUUAAGUUCCAUGUAAUGAACAUGAAAACAACUUUUUAUGACAAAAAAAGCUAAGCAAUUGCAUUUGUUGAGAUAGAUUUG